AUGAGUGGAGCUCCUGAGCCAGCUCCAGAUCCACAGUUAUGUGAUGAGCCUGGCCAAGUUCUCCCAACCAGCAAAGCUACAGAGCAGAGGUCAACUCCCUUGCUUCGCUACUGCCUUACAUCAUCAGAUGAUUUUCACCAAGGUCACAACCAUGUUGAGCCAAGUGCCUGUCUGACCCAGCCAGGUAAAACAACCAGCAGCAGGCUUAACGCACCAGAAAAGGGGCACCAACAUCUCACACAGCAUGAGCUAGAUCAUAGCCACCACCUACACACAAAGCCUUCAGCCCCAUCUCUCCCCAACUCAACACCUUCUCCUCAACACAGCGGUCACUCCGCUCGCUCUUGUUGCUGCCGUCGCGGCCAGGACACGCUGCUUCUCCUUGGAGCACCAACAACCCAACUCAACCUCAGGAACCACAUCUCCUCUCCUCCCCUUGAGAGGAGCCUAUAUAAGCUUCAGGUUCCCCUCGUUCCCACAUCUUCUGAAGGCAUCACUGACUCAUUGCAGCCUGCUGUGCUGCUUUGGUCCUUCUCCAAGCUGUGUCUACCAGCGUUGCAGUGCAACCAGAGCAGGGGGUUUAUGGAGUGCCACGGGCUGCUGGUGGGCACCGGGACAUUUCCAGGCCUGGGAAGACCGUGGGGAAGUGUCGGAGCAUGGACCGGCAGCGUCACCCCACACAGCCGGCAGCUGCCCUGGGCUGAACCGCCGGCGGUGACCCACCGUGUCCCGUCCCCCCCAGGUCGCAUCUCCAGGCCACCAGACUCGGGUCUGUAAGAAACAGGAGUAGGGUGAAGUAAUGGGAGGCUGAAGGUGAGAAGUUAUUUGGAAAAGAUGGGAAGACUG